GGAUACGGUUCCCUUGUGAUUUUUUUCCUCGUUUCUGUCCCCGUGUGAGUUAAUGGCUCCUCCUGCAAGAGAGAGAGAGACGGAGCCCGUCCAGAGGAGCAGAGGGGGGAGCUGUCCGAAAAACACAAAUAACACCCCGAAAAAGAUCCAGCCACUGUCGUUGUUGCCUUUAUGCUUCUUAGAAAGGGACAACAGAUUUGGAUCUAAGGGUCCAAGGAGAUUCUGAAACGAACGUUGGUGCAAAACAUUCUAUUUUUUAAAUUACCAACUCACCAAAUGAACUCCGUCAGGGCAACCAACAGAAGACCCAGGCGAGUAUCGAGGCCGCGCCCGGUGCAACCGGAACGGAACAACGGUGAAAGAGAUGAGGACGUGCCUGCAGAUAUGGUCGCAGAAGAAUCCGGUCCAGGUGCCCAGAACAGUCCCUACCAACUCCGCAGGAAGUCCCUUUUGCCCAAGAGAUCAGCGUGCCCCACUAAAAGCAGUAUGGAGGGUGCCUCCACAUCCACGACAGAAACGUUUGGCCACAGAGCGAAGCGGGCGCGCGUGUCCGGAAAGUCCCAGGACCUACCCGCGGCCCCUGCAGAACAGUACCUCCAGGAGAAGCUGCCAGACGAGGUGGUCCUGAAGAUCUUCUCCUACCUCCUGGAACAGGACCUCUGCCAGGCAGCGUGCGUCUGCAAACGGUUCAGCGAGCUUGCCAAUGACCCCAUCCUCUGGAAGCGUCUCUACAUGGAGGUGUUUGAGUACACGCGGCCCAUGAUGCACCCUGAGCCGGGCAAGUUCUACCAGAUCAACCCAGAGGAGUACGAGCAGCCCAACCCUUGGAAGGAGAGCUUCCAGCAGCUGUACAAAGGUGCACAUGUAAAGCCUGGUUUUGCUGAGCACUUCUACAGCAACCCUGCUAGGUACAAAGGGAGAGAAAACAUGCUGUAUUAUGACACCAUUGAGGAUGCUCUGGGCGGAGUCCAAGAGGCGCACUUUGACGGCCUCAUCUUCGUCCACUCCGGCAUCUACACGGACGAGUGGAUCUACAUAGAGUCCCCUAUUACCAUGAUUGGAGCAGCACCAGGUAAAGUGGCAGAUAAGGUGGUGAUUGAGAACACGAGGGAUUCCACCUUCGUCUUCAUGGAGGGUUCAGAAGAUGCUUAUGUCGGCUACAUGACCAUCAAGUUUAAUCCAGACGAUAAGUCGGCGCAGCACCACAACGCCCACCACUGUCUGGAGAUCACGGUGAACUGCAGUCCCAACAUCGACCACUGCAUCAUCCGCAGCACCUGCACAGUGGGUUCAGCAGUGUGUGUCAGUGGCCAAGGGGCGUGUCCCACCAUUAAGCAUUGCAACAUCAGCGACUGUGAGAAUGUGGGCCUGUACAUCACGGACCAUGCACAGGGCAUAUAUGAGGAUAAUGAGAUCUCCAAUAACGCCCUUGCUGGUAUCUGGGUGAAGAACCAUGGCAACCCCAUCAUCAGACGGAACCACAUCCAUCAUGGUCGGGAUGUUGGCGUCUUCACCUUCGACCAUGGCAUGGGCUACUUUGAGAGCUGCAACAUCCACAGGAACCGCAUCGCCGGCUUCGAGGUGAAGGCCUACGCCAACCCCACGGUGGUGCGCUGCGAGAUCCACCACGGCCAGACGGGCGGCAUCUACGUGCACGAGAAGGGCCGCGGCCAGUUCAUCGAGAACAAGAUCUAUGCCAACAACUUUGCUGGUGUGUGGAUCACCUCCAACAGCGACCCCACCAUCAGGGGGAAUUCCAUCUACAACGGGAACCAAGGAGGCGUGUACAUAUUUGGUGAUGGGAGAGGCCUCAUAGAGAUGAAUGACAUCUACGGCAAUGCCCUGGCAGGCAUUCAGAUCCGAACCAAUAGCUGUCCCAUUGUCAGGCACAAUAAAAUACACGACGGUCAGCACGGAGGCAUAUACGUGCAUGAGAAGGGCCAGGGUGUGAUAGAGGAGAAUGAGGUGUACAGUAACACGCUGGCUGGAGUCUGGGUCACCACCGGCAGCACACCAGUCCUAAGAAGGAACAGAAUACACAGCGGCAAGCAGGUUGGUGUGUACUUCUAUGAUAACGGCCAUGGUGUGUUGGAGGAUAAUGACAUCUAUAACCACAUGUAUUCAGGAGUACAGAUCAGGACUGGCAGUAAUCCUAAAAUCCGACGCAACAAGAUCUGGGGUGGGCAAAAUGGCGGCAUCCUUGUGUAUAAUUCUGGCCUGGGCUUCAUCGAGGACAACGAGAUCUUUGACAACGCCAUGGCCGGGGUGUGGAUCAAGACGGACAGCAAUCCCACGCUGCGACGGAACAAGAUCCACGACGGCCGAGACGGAGGCAUCUGCAUCUUCAACGGCGGACGAGGACUGCUUGAGGAGAACGACAUCUUUCGGAAUGCACAGGCUGGCGUGCUCAUCAGCACCAACAGCCACCCCGUCCUGCGGAAGAACCGCAUCUUCGACGGCUUUGCAGCAGGCAUCGAGAUAACAAACCAUGCCACGGCCACCUUGGAAGGUAACCAGAUCUUCAACAACCGCUUCGGUGGCUUGUUUCUCGCAUCUGGCGUCAAUGUCACGAUGAAAGAUAAUAAAAUUAUGAACAAUCAGGAUGCCAUCGAGAAGGCGGUCAGCAGAGGCCAGUGCCUCUACAAGAUCUCCAGCUACACCAGCUAUCCCAUGCACGACUUCUACAGGUGUCACACUUGUAAUACAACAGACAGGAACGCCAUCUGCGUGAACUGCAUUAAGAAGUGUCACCAAGGACAUGAUGUAGAGUUUAUACGGCACGACCGGUUUUUCUGCGACUGCGGCGCAGGAACGUUGUCCAACCCGUGCACACUGGCAGGAGAGCCCACGCAUGACACAGACACUUUGUAUGACUCGGCGCCCCCUAUUGAGUCAAACACGUUACAGCACAACUGAGCCUCCCUCUGCCUCACUCAGCCCACCCAUUCCCCUCCGCCACCCCACCACCAACCUCCCGCUGCUUUUCCUUCUUCCCUCCUCCCUCCCAAGCCUGGCCGCCAUUCGCCUGCCUACUGGACUUGAGCUUUUUCGCAGCCCCGCAACCCAGACUCUUAUGAAGACAUUACAGUCGCCCGGGGAAGAUACGACAUGCUCCUCAGGAGAUCUGUGGAAAAGGAGACUGACCGCUGCUGGUGCAAGAGACCACUCAAGUGGCUCACUCUGACACACACACACACACACACACACACACACACACACACACACACACACACACACACACACACGGACGCACAGAGGCUUGCCUGGCCUCUCAGCUCUGCCCCAUCAAGUGGCCUUUGGAUGCAAAUAACGGUGGGGGAACGGCAGUAAGAGCAGCAGAGAGGAUAUGGGAGUGGAAAAGUGCGGGGUGGGGGGGAUUGUGAAAACGGUAUGUGGACUCAGGGCAGGGGGGGGAAAUGGAGGAGGCUGUGGUGGCUUCAGGUGUUCCAUUUUUCGUGGGUUUUGGGACAUAACAAGAAACUGUCACGGUUAGUUCCCAAUUUUAACACCCGUCGACUCACCACACCCUCCUGACCUCUCCAUUGGGGGGGGGGAAACUAGACUGGAGGGUGCGGAGGAGGGAGCACAGCAGUCUCUGUGUGUCUCAAGGCUAGAGGUGCAAGGACCCCGCUCUACCACCCCCUCUCCUCUCCUCCACACUGACUGACGAGGGUAAAUGCAUGGACAGGAGGAUAAGCCAUGGAGACAUGGCCCCACACAGCCACCUCUGCCGCUACUCCCUGGGCUGGGAAACAGAGGCGCUGGUGUUUAUGUAUGUUUAAAGAAGAAGACAAAAAAAGGUGUAAUAAAAAAGAAACAAUGUGAUUAGCACUUCUGCCUUUUUAAUAUGGUAUUCUGAUCAACAAAAAUAUGAUUUAAUGCUUUCUCAUGUAGUUUUGUAUUUUUCAGCAAAAAAAUCUUACUGUAUUUGAAUGUCUUUUAUUUUAUUAUAUAUUAUAAUUAUUCAUAUUGUUAUUAAUAUUUUUGUUGUUGUUGUUAGCUCAUUAUAGGCUUGCUGUCAUCAUACUCUUUGUCCAGCAGUUAAGUUCUUUCUGUGAAAGAGGAUUACUGCAAAAAAAUGAAAAUAGAAAAAAAAGAUUGGAAACUGAACACUAAAAUAUGUCCUCCAGCUUUUGUAGUGUUUGGGAAAAUGUAGGCUGUGUUUGGUUUGUGACGUAGGAGACCGGGCAGUGUGUGUUCUGAAAUGGACAGUGAAAGUGUGUGUGUGUGUGCGUGAGUGCGAAUGCGUGCGAUUGAUUGAUUUUUAUUUACGCUACCCAUGUUACUCUUGUAUGUUUCUCCCAAUUUCCUCUCAGAUUGUGGUCAUGUCGAAUUAAAAUGGGCAGUUAUUCAA